GCAGAUAACCGACCUUCACCUUAUACAGAGGACGGUAUCACCUUGACAUAUCGACGUCGUCCGCCACCCCAGCUGCCUCAUUAAAUCUGUAGGCAGUUGCUGUGUCGUUGGCAUAACACUCUUUCUCUAAACACAUCGAAGCCAACUACUAAGUUUAGCUGGUGGCAGAUAGAUAACCGAUUCUGGAGGACUACAUACUUUUUCGUUAGGCAAGCUAGCAUUUGACUACUUUUUAUUUAUCGAAACCUCCCCUAAUUCAUCGAUGUUAGUAGCCGUCUUCACACCCACAAAAAAAAAAAAAAAAACAUUAAUGUCCUCUCUUCUUACCGUUUUAUUAACAUGUUUUGAAAGAUAAACUUUAUUUCUGACUAAUAUUGGACACAGCUUUUUCUGCAUCGUUUCGGAAGACAUAAAGAAGCAGCAAGGAAACAGUUGUUGAUAAUUGUGCUCUAUCAUUAUUCUGAAGUACUACGUGUCGAGUCUCUUUCACAGCCUGCCUUCUGACAGUAGACUACACAGUGAUAAUUAAUUCCCUUCAUUCAACACCAACACAUUAUAAGGACAUCUUUUUUAAUCACUCUUCGCUGAUCCUCUCGGAUUUAUAGUUAUAGCUGUCUUGUUUAUUAACUGUUGUUGAUAGAAUCAACAUGGCCAACACAGCUUUCGUAAAGGGUCACCGACGAACGUCAAGCGACAUAGAAUUCAAGGAGUUGAUACGGAGAGAUGCUCAAUUAGCAAUGCAUAAGGAACUAACCAAAUUAAUACAAACUGCUCCUCCAGUCCAACAACCUAAAGUGAAAAAUGAACUUGACCGCUUCCAGAUUUUGUUCGAAAGAUACUUGCAAGAAGCGGGUACAUCGCUAAACUGGGAAAAAAUCAAAGUGUUACCUGACGAUGCCAUAAAAAACUACAACGAAAUCCAGCGAACAGAACUGACAAAUAUGAAGAACAUGUUAAACAAACUUGUGGUCCUUAAAUUGAACGGAGGUCUUGGCACCAGUAUGGGUUGCCAAGGUCCUAAAAGCGCCAUUUCUGUCAGGAACGACCUUACUUUCCUUGACAUGACAGUUCAGCAAAUUGAGUAUUUGAAUAAAUCGUACGAUGCCGACGUACCUUUGGUGCUCAUGAACUCGUUUAAUACAGAUGAGGAUACAGAAAAGAUUUUAGGGAAGUACAACCAGAUCAAAGUACGUAUUUACACUUUUAAUCAAAGUAAAUUUCCGAGAAUUAACAGAGAAUCUCUUUUGCCAAUACCGAAAUGCAUGGCGACCGUUGGUACCGACGGUACACCUAGUUGGUAUCCUCCAGGGCACGGUGAUAUUUAUGAGAGUUUUGCUGCAGCUGGUCUUCUAGAAGAGUUUAUAGAAGCAGGUCGAGAAUAUGUAUUUGUGUCGAACAUCGAUAAUUUGGGAGCUACUGUUGACCUUCAUAUUCUGAACCAUUUAAUUAAUCCUCCAAUGGGAGGAAUAGCACCCGAAUUUGUUAUGGAAGUUACCGAUAAAACAAGAGCUGAUGUCAAAGGUGGUACUUUAGUAGAUUACGAUGGUAAGCUAAGGUUACUGGAAAUUGCCCAGGUACCCAAGGAACAUGUUGACGAAUUUAAAAGUGUGAGUAAAUUUAAAAUCUUCAAUACAAACAAUUUGUGGAUUAAGCUGAAUGCUUUGAAAAGAGUCAUAGAUGAACGAACACUACAUAUGGAGAUUAUUGUUAACCCUAAAACACUUGAUAAUGGAAUUAAUGUAAUUCAGCUGGAAACUGCCUCAGGUGCAGCCAUCAAAAGCUUUGAAGGGGCAAUCGGCAUAAACGUACCAAGAAAGCGGUUUCUUCCAGUGAAAACUACAUCUGAUUUACUUCUGGUGAUGAGCAAUUUAUAUAAAAUGAGAACUGGGGCUUUAGAGAUGAGUCCUCAACGCUCCUUCCCAUCAGUGCCGUUAGUUAAACUUGGUAUCCAAUUCCAAAAAGUGAAGGAAUUUUUGCAGAGAUUUGCCAGCAUCCCAGACAUGUUGGAACUAGAUCACCUCACUGUGUCUGGUGAUGUAACAUUUGGUAAAUCUGUCAGUCUGAAAGGAACUGUUAUAAUUAUAGCCAACCACGGUGAUCGUAUUGAUAUUCCGACAGGAGCUUGUCUUGAGAACAAGAUUGUUUCAGGUAACUUAAGAAUCUUGGAUCAUUGAAUCGUAACAGUAAUGACAUAUACAGUGAAUAAAAACAUUUACAAUUGUGUAUAUCUUUCGAUUGGUUUUAAUGACCAGAAAAAUCUAUAUAUAUCUAGAGGCCAAAAUAUUAAAAAAAAAAAAAAAAAAAAACCCUCCUCUCCAGUAUUAUUUGUACCCCAACCUCUUAUGAGGAAGAAAAAAAAAAGAAAAACAACCGACAAUAAGCAAAAUACAAUAAUUAUGUGGUCCGUGUGAUGAAGGAAAGAAAUCUCCGUGUAAUUCCUCCAUGACUGUAAGAUCUGCUGACAGUUAUAUUCUGCUUUCUUUUUUUCUUUUUUUUUUUUUUUUUUUUUUUUUUUUUUUUGAUCUGAUCGUAUUUAGAAUUAGUUGUUUUUUCUCUCCAGUAGAAUGUGCAGGGGUAAUUUGUAUUAUUUCCUCUAGUCACUUUGUGAUACUAGCUGCUGCUGUCCCACUCAAGCACACUGUCAGAAGAAAAGCAACAACAAACUUCAUCUUUCAGUCCACACACUCACAAGCACGCAAGCAAGCUGUUUGUUAGCCCCUCUCUCUAGCUAUUUACCUAUCUCUUUCUCUCUGCCUGUGCACACACACACACACACACACACACAUACACACAUACAUGCAUAUCUAUCUUUCUAUCUGAUGGAAGGGCAGUUUAUGAAACACACAUACACAUUUUAAACACAAACACAGAAAGAAAAAAGAAAAUUGCUGUUUAAAAUACAAAACCAUGACGUCUCCCAGAAUAAACAACACUGAUUAUUUUCCAAUCUGUAUGAUAUUUCAGAAUCAUUUUCAAUUUUGUCGGUUUAAAACUCAGUUAAAUAAAAUAUUUGAAAUUUUUAAACAA